GCCACAAUCUUUAUUCAGUUUGAGGCUGGCGAGAGAAAUGAACAUGGCCGAAGUUGAAUGUUGAUGUUGGUUUUCAAGUAUGGGGAAUCAACUCUCUGGGGUUGCUCCGUCUCAAAUCCUCAGUGUCGAGAGCUAUUUCACUGAUCUUCCAGAAUUCCAGUUCCAUUCCAGUCUUGGCAGCACAAGGUUUCUCAAAGUAGCCAGAGCAAAGCAUAAAGAAGGCUACGUAGUGAUCAAAGUCUUUGCCAUACACGAUCCGUCGUUGCCACUUAAAGUGUACCAGGAUCAGAUAUCGCUGAUUAAGAGAAAAUUGUCAGGAACCACAAAUGUUUUGCCCUUCCAAGGUGCCCAGCUUACUGAAAAGGCCGGCUUGUUGUUCCGACAGUACGUUCACGAUAAUCUGUAUGAUCGCAUAAGCACAAGACCUUUUCUCAAUCUCAUCGAGAAGAAGUGGAUAGUUUUCCAACUAUUGUGUGCCUUAGAGCAAGCGCACUCUGUAAAGGUUUACCAUGGUGAUAUCAAAUCGGAAAAUGUUCUUGUUACAAGCUGGAAUUGGGUAUUGCUCACUGAUAUCGCUAGUUUCAAACCAGUUUGCCUUCCCGUUGAUAAUCCAGCUGAUUUCAAUUACUUUUUUGAUACAUCACGAAGGCGAACCUGCUACAUCGCACCUGAACGUUUCAAAGGAACAGGUCAGAAGUACACGGACUCACUUAGCGGUAGCCAAUCAGAUGGGGAAAGCAAACUAGGAAGCAGCCCCUCUACUCCGUUACUAGAUUUGCCGAUUACCGAACAGAGUGAAAUGACUUUUGCGAUGGAUAUAUUUUCAGCCGGAUGUGUUAUAGCAGAACUGUUUUGCGAAGGCAGCCCGUUAUUCGACUUGUCACAGCUGCUUGCUUACAAGAACGGGGAUUACAGUCCUGAAGUGAAGUUAAGCAAAAUCGACAAUAAAAUCAAAGAAUUAAUCAAACAGAUGAUUUCAAAAGAUCCCUUAGAAAGAUUAUCAGCUAAGGAGUGUAUGAAUACAUAUCGAGGUCAUGUUUUUCCUGAAGAAUUUUACACAUUCUUGAAGUCCUUUUUUGCAAAAUUCGUUGGAUCUCCAGUCAUGACUCCUGAUGAGAAAGUAAUGAGAAUUCACAAAGACCUGAAGCAAAUUAAAGAAGCACUUCUACCACACCCACCAGAAGGAGAUGAAGAAAGAAAGGACAUACCAAAAACAGACAAUUGUUUUGUUAUGAUUUGCUCACUGAUCACAGCAACAAUUAGAAGUCUGAAGUUCACACAGUCAAAGUUGACAGCAUUAGACUUAAUGUUGGAAAUGGCGCAAUACGUAAGCGAUGACGUAAUAUUAGAGCGCCUGCUCCCAUACAUGUUUCACUUGGUGACCGAUGAUGUACCGAGGGUGCGUGCUCACACCAUAAGUACAAUAACAAGCAGCCUCCGUUUGGUGAAAGAUGUGCCUCGAAACGAAGGCAAUAUAUUUCCAGAGUACAUACUCCCAAAUUUAAAUUACCUUACAAAUGACCCAGAAGUUAUAGUGCAAGUGGCAUUUGCAGAGAACAUAGCUUGCCUUGCCGAAACGGCCUUACGUUUUUUGGAGAUCGUUCAACUGAACAUGCUAAAUACAGCCAAUCAAGAGAAAGAUUCUCAGAUUCAGUACCAGGGUAGCUAUGAUGUUGAACUGCAAGCCCUUCACGAGCUGAUUCAAAGCAAGGUUACAGCGUUGUUAACGAAUUCUGAAAACAUAGUCAAAAGAACAUUACUUGAAAAAGGCUUAACGAGACUGUGCGUUUUCUUCGGUCGCCAGAAGGCUAACGAUGUUUUACUUUCACAUAUCAUAACAUUUUUGAAUGACAAAACCGAUUGGAAGUUGCGUGGAGCGUUUUACGAUACAAUCGUUGGUGUUGCUGCAUACAUUGGCUUCCAGAGCAUGAAUAUAUUAACACCACUUUUGCAACAGGGCUUGAAAGAUAACGAAGAGUUUGUAAUCUGCAAGGCUAUCCAUGCUCUCACCUGUCUGACUCAGCUGUGCCUACUUCAGAAACCAGUGCUAGAAAGUUUCAUUUCGGAAGUUCUUCCAUUCUUAUGCCAUCCGAACGAUUGGAUUCGAUAUGCAGCAGCUGGGUUCAUCUCAACCUGUGCAAAGGUAAUGAACGUUGCUGAUGUUUACUGCUGUUUGAUGCCUGAAAUCAAGUCAUACCUGAAAAUGCCAAUAGUAGAGCUUCAGAAUGAGACCAUUUUGAUAAGCCUGCUGAAAGACCCGAUUCCAAGACCAGUUUAUGAAUCCCUAACGAAGUCACAGUACGCAAGGCAAAUUAUUAAAAGAUUUGAACAAAAGCCGUCAAAGAUGGAUUUGACAAACGAUGACGUCACCUCUCAAACAAUGAGAAGAUUGACGUCACAGGGUCUGAAUGAGGAGGUUGAAGAGAAGGUUGUGAGGCUCAAGAAUGUCAUCUUGAAAAUGAAUGCAAGCAGAACUAGCCUUGAGAAGCAAAUCGACUUAACUGCACCUGGAUAUAUCGACCUGUCAACUGUAACUAAUGGUGACAAAAUUAUGCGCGUAAUGGAGCUGGCGCGAAACGAGGAAGUGAAGCCGGUUUCUUCAAAUCAGAAGAAAAGCAAUCUAAAAAAGACGCCAUCUAUUGAUCAACAACAAUCAUCGGCUAUUUUGGCACAGGCAUUUAAAACGGACGAAAAAAUAGAAGAUGAAACACAAGUGACUGAAAUUGAGAGCAGAAAUGAGUCAAGCAAAAAGCAGAAAGGGGUUGGAAAUAUACCUGAAAAUUUAGAUUUGAAAGCUCCAAAGCUGCAGGGCACCCAAGAUUCAUCACAGGUCAAAACAGCAACAAAAAACCCACAACAGCCACUGGAAAAGCAGCAAAGUCCUGCGCAGGGUCAAUCACAAAAGCCACCGCAGCAGCAAACUAUGACUGAUCAGCCUAAAUUUGCCAAGUGUAAACUAGAUCUUCAUAAUUUGGCUGUACAAAAGAGAGCAGAGUACAGACGAGAUGUGAAAGCGAACUCAUUAGUAUCCUCGUUAAUUGAAAAUAGAGGACGGCAAACAAGUUGGCGGCCAAAAGGACAGCUAGUGGCACAUCUACACGAACACAAAUCAUCUAUUAAUAAGAUCGUGGUCUCUGGUGAUUGUGCCUUCUUUGCGACAGCUUCAAAUGAUGCCACUGUUAAAGUAUGGGACACCCAAAGACUAGAUGGGAAAUCUGCGACGAUGCGAUCGAAGUUGACAUACAGUAGAUUAGUCGGUAAAAUAAAUUGCCUGACGUUUUGUCAGAACUCGCACACAUUGGCCUGCUCUUCUGAUAAUGGAUCGAUUCACGUUCUAAGAAUUGAGAGCAACCCAUCUCGGCUUCCGCUAGUUGUGGAGAAGAAACUUGACGUUGCAGAAGAGGGUUUGGCGGUUGAUUUGAAUCAUUUCGACACAGGCUCACAAAGUACCAUAUGUUACGCAACUGUUUAUGGCUACAUCUGUGGCUGGGAUUUACGCCAACCAGCUGAUAAAUGUGCUUGGAAAUUUAAAAAUGACCUACAUCAUGGAUUGAUCACGUCUUUCGCAGUAGACCCUUUUCAAUGUUGGCUCGGUUGUGGCACAAGUGAAGGUACCAUCGUGUGUUGGGACAUGAGAUUCCAGUUACCAAUCACUACCAUUCAACAUUCAAGAAAGGCGCAAGUUCGUAAAGUAACAAGCCAUCCGAUAGAACAGUCUUGGAUUGUGGCUUCAUACCAAGGAAACAACGAGGUUUCCAUGUGGGACCUUGAAACCGGUGCUAGACAGCAAACCCUUUGGGCCAGCCCGUACCCCCCACUUUCCCAAUCUCAGGUAUCGAAUGACGCUAUCCUUGCAAUUCAUGCGCCAGAUCAAGAGAACAGAACAUAUUUCAUUACUGGAGGCCUCGACAGAAGAAUUCGCUUGUGGGAUAUCAGACAUCCGGAGAAAUCCUCCCUAGUUGCUGGUGCAGCUACAGACAACCUAGAUCAUGUUGCAUUGAAUUACACGAAUCGCCCUAUUGACGGAACCGAAGUCAUCUUUGAAACUUGUGAAAGAAAGCACCUGAAUGAGGAAUCUCCUAGAAAGGGACCGGACGACACACCGGUUGGACACAACGAUUGUAUUACUGAUAUUUCAAUGACAAGGGUACCGCAAAACUUUUUGAUCAGUGGCUCUAAAGAUGGUGUUGUCAAAGUUUGGAAGUGAUAAUUUUCGUAGUUUCGUUUUUGUGUACGUACAAAUUUAUGUUUUUUCUUCUUUUAUACAACAAGUUAAACUUUAUUAUGAUGCUGCCACUAACUCCUUGAAGAAUGAAUAUGAUAUCAAUGAUAGACUUUGUAGCCCAGGAACUCAUUAUUAAAAAGAUUAGUUUUCCAUUUUAUUCUUUAAAAAAUUUGAAAUGAUCGUGUUUUUUCAGGUAAUUAUCUACGAUUCGGAAUUGUAUUGCAUUUAGCAACAGUUCGUGAAAUUUUAUUAAAUUCUAAAAAACUUGCAUUUGUUAAUAAAUACGAGAUUGUAGCACCCCUCGCGUUAUUAGCACAGCUUUUCCUGCCAUCUGACUUCUUCAAUCCAGGACAAGCCUAUGUUUUCUAUUCAUUGGACAGGUCUUGGUACGCUGUCAACUGUUUUUUCCUUUUAAAUCCAUUGACUUUCUCAUAAAAAAUGUCUAAUGCAGUGAGGCCGCCUGUGGGCUAGAGUUAUAUCCAACAUAAUGAAAUGGGCGUUAGCUGCAUGUUUUUCUAUAAGGCAUCUCCUACCUAUGAAAAAAUUUUUCUAUAAAUUUUUUUUGCUUUUAUGUGAAGUGGUCCUUAAUCUAAAGGGUUCUUUUAUUUGCUGUUGUCUGUUAUUUAGCGUUUUACUGCAGUUAGCGCAAACUUUAGUAUUGUAUAAGUCAUCAAUCCUCGUAAUCGAUGAAAACGCUAUUAGUUAACAAAGUUUCUCUCCUUAGUAAUCUUUGAAUCGUUCAAUCCACAGCAAUCUUAAGAAAAACUAGCCCUAUCUUUGCAUCUAAAUAUAUGCUUGUUUUGAUCUGCACCUCUUUGACCUUUAGUUGAGCAUCUUUGUAGCAAUUCAUUGAAAAUAUGAAUCAGUAUCUGAUUUACUUGUAUAUUUGUUAGUAAUGCAGAAUUAAUUAACUUCAAACAAUUAACUGAGCA